UUUAAACCUAACAGUUUGUCCAAAAAGUGUUGAAAUGAAGUUCUUUGUUGGUUUCAUAGCACUGUACGUAAUAAUCGCUGGUGCGAAUUCUCAGUUAUCCUCAAAAAAUGGUAUAGAUCGUCCAGGUUUUGAACAAACCACACAAUCUAGUGAUGUUAAUGAUGAUUCUACAGUUUCAUCAGAAAAACCUAUCAAUGAUUCAAAGAAGAACAUUUCAUUCAUUGGCAAGACUCCCUCCAUCACAAAUUUUGGAUCACAGAGUAUGAAAUCAGUAAAGAAACCAACAUACAACAUGAAAAGUUUGGCUGAUCAAGCACCUGAUGAAUCCGAUAAUUGGGGUCCGAAUUUCGCUGCCAAAAUGAUGUCAAAUUGGAAAACGGUACUGAUUGGUGAACCGUUUACAAAUGAUGAUGAAAUUUUGAAAAAACUCGUUUUGGAUAAAGAAAAGGAUUUACAAAAUAAUGUGUUAAGUAAUCUAAACAAAGAUGAGCAAAAUCCCUUUUUAUUCAAAAAUCUUCGCGACUGGAAGGUGAAUUCUGCACAAAUCACACAAACCGUGAGAAAUAUCGAGAAAAUGGCGGUACUUUAUCAGACGUCGCAUUCGACAUAUUAUCAGAACAAUACACUACGAAAGGACAUAUUGUUCGCCAUAAAUUACUUUUAUGAUCAAAUGUAUAAUGAAAAAAUCGAAAAAAUCUAUGGAAAUUGGUGGGAUUGGGAGAUUGGAACGCCGCAGUCAUACAACAAUGUUUUGUUGCUAAUGUUUGAUGAUUUAUCUCAAGUGAAACUGAACAAAUACAUAAGAUCAGUAGAUCGUUUCGUGCCGGAUCCAACAAAAAGUUCACGUUUCAAAGAAAAGGAAACUGGAGCUAAUUUACUAGAUAAAACUUUUAUCGUCAUGGUUCGAGGUAUUCUGAAUAAUAAUGUCAAUAAAGUUCGACAAGGAAUGAAUGCGACAAAUGAUGUGUAUGAAAUAGUUCAAAAUGGUGAUGGAUUUUAUAAAGAUGGUUCGCUUAUACAACACAAAUACGUUCCAUAUACUGGUGGGUAUGGGGAAGUGCUUUUAGCGAGAAGUGCCGAUAUUUAUGAAUUGUUCAGUGGAACUGACAAACUAACGUAUGUACAAGGCAUUGAAAAUUUAUAUACAUACAUUGAAACAAGCUUCUUACCAGUUAUGAGACGAGCUGAAAUAUUUGAUAUGACUCGUGCCCGAGGAAUUUCUAGACAAGCAACCACAUCUAGAAUUGUUGGGAGAAUUAUGUUGUAUGAAAUACUUGUGAUUAGUUCACAAAAUCAAGACUCAUCAUAUCGCGAUAAAUAUGCUCGUUAUGUAAAAGAAGCUAUAUCUAUAGCUAGCAAUGGUACAAAGGACAGUUAUUAUAAUGGAUUAUCCAUUCAUAAAACACAAACAUUUCAACAUUUAAUGAAUGAUAAUUCGAUUAGACCAGAUUUUGGUGUGAGAGACAGAAAUCAUAUGCUAAGCGCAAUGGAUCAGAUGACCCAUCAAAAGACACAUUUUGCAGCUGGAUUGAGUUUAUUUGGUAGAAAAAUCAGCUCGUUUGAAUGUGGAAAUGGGGAAAAUCUGAAGGGAUUUUACAUGGGAACCGGAGUGUUAUAUUUGUAUAAUAAUGAUAUUGGCCAAUACGAUGAUGACUAUUGGGCAACUAUAAAUAUGACAAGACUUCCAGGAACAACAACAGAUCAUAAAUUCGGUAGUUUAAUCGAUUGGAAAAGUUAUAAUAAUCCAAAAUCUUGGACAGGUGGUGUUUCGGAUGGAGUGAUUGGUUCAGCCAGCAUGCAUUAUUCCAUGCAAAAUGUAACUGGAAGUUCAUUAGAAGCGAAAAAAUCUUGGUUCUUUCUAACAGAUAAAAUUGUAGCGAUGGGUGCUGCAAUCAGUUCAAAUGAGAAUGUUGAUACCGAGACAAUAGUCGAGAAUCGAAGAUUAGAGAAAGAUGGUUCAAAUGUUCUGCAAGUGGAAGGCAAAGAAGUUGCUCUUGGUCAAGGUAUUUUAUUCAAGAAAGCCACUUGGGCCCACAUAAAAGGCAAAAACGAUCAAUCUGAUAUUGGUUAUGUGUUCCCUCGUUCGGAAAAUAUAUAUGCUGAAAAGAAAAAACAAAGUGGAAAGUGGUCUGAUGUAAAUAAAGGAGGAUCAACUAAUGUAGUAAGUAGCAUGUUUGCAACACUGUCAAUACCGCAUGGAAAGUCACCAUCCGGUACUGAUUAUGCAUAUGUAAUUCUCCCCGGUAAAAAUCAAAAAGAGACAUCGACUUACGCCCAAAAAAUUGAUGUAUCGAUAAUUUCGAAUACAAAAAAGCAGCAAGUAAUUUACGAUGGUGCUGAUGAUGUAUGGAUGGGAAAUUUUUAUGAGAUAGGGAAGGUAAAUGAAAUCGAGGCAACAACUAGCGGAGCAAUUGUAAUAAACUAUCACGAUAGUAGCUUAAAUGUAGUCAUGGCUGAUCCAACAAAAGAACAACAUAAAGUCAUCUUUAUCAUACCUCAAAAAAUAGGUUACACGGUAGCAGAAAAGGACGAUGAUAUAACUGUUAAGGAGGACAAAAACUCUUGGAUUAUUGAAAUGGAUAGUUCGGAUAAAAGUGGAAAAAGCUCUCAAGUUUAUUUUGAAAAGGUUUAAAUGUCGGAACCAAUGUGCACUGUCAUGCUUCUGGAUGUAUCGUAGAAUGAAAUUAAAAUAAAAAGAAACUUACAGGUCAAAAUUUUCCGCAAUGUU